AUGAAUGUGUUUAAUCGAAUAUUACUUAUUUAUUCUGUAAUACAGAUUUUGAAAUCUGAUCCAAUAAAUCGUAAUAUAAUAAUUGAUGGUAAUUUUGAUGACUGGUUAGAUGUUCGAUCAUAUACUGAUCCAGUGGAUAAUAUAAAUGGUACAGUUUAUCAAGAAAGUCCAUGGUUUCCUUCAUUAAAAAUUCCAGAUUGUCAUGAUACAGAUUCUAAGAAACAAACUGAUAUACCAAAACAUAUUUAUAAUCCAAAUGUAAACAUAGUUGAAUUUAAAAUAGCUCACGAUGAUUCAUCAUUCUACAUAUAUUAUCGUGUGGUUGAUGAUGGAGUCAUUGGUAAGACUUCAGUUGGAUCGGAUCCAUUUAACCCGAGUGAUCCAUCAACACCCUCAGCUGGAAGGUUUUAUAUAAAAACAAUAAUUAAUCUUGAUAUGAAUGAUACAACAGGUAUUUGGUUAAAUGAAGAUGGUUUUUAUCCAACUGCACCAGGAUUUGAUGGAAGAUUUAGAAUUGAAUUUUACAAUGGUACAUACAAUCAAGGUUCCUAUGCUGAUCAUGGAACUAAUAAUAGUAAUGAAACAAGUUAUGUGAAAGAAGAAAAUAAACAAAAUAAGUUUCUAAUUCGUCCUGCUGCUCAAGCUUAUUCGACUGUAUAUAUUUAUUGGAGUCAGAAGCCAACUCUAGAUGAAAUCAAAAGAUGUUUAGAUGGACCAUAUGCGUUACCUACUCCAUAUGAUAAUCAUUAUGUUUGUUUUUCUAAAGAUUGUGCACCUGGGCCAUUCAAUGGUAUUGUAACUUACGCGCGGAGUAGUAAAGGCAACGAAUUGGAAAUGCGAGCUCCAUUUUUAGGAUUUUUAUUAAACAAAGAUACAGGCUUGUCAACUUUACAAUUGGGAAUGACAGUAAAUAUAUCGUUAUCGUUAGAGACAACUCCAGAAUAUUCAACACCACAAGAAUGGGUCUCGGAUACAACAGCAACAAUUCAAUAUACAUUAUCAGAAAGAUAG